ACAGAUACAUGUGACUAAACAAGGUCAACCAUGGCAGCCUGCAUCCAGAGGCUCGACAGAGCUAUGUUUUCAAUAAGGCUAUUACGGAAUGUCCAGCUUCACAAUGAACGGUCUCUAUCCACGUCUCUGCAUCGUCUCGCCUUGGACACCGAGCAGCCAUCCAAGUUCACUCCUCCAGUGAAGCCCGUCAUCAUAGACAAGACCCAGAGUGUGGCGUCGUUGAGGAAGUUUUUGAGCCCGGAGUUCGUCCCACCCCGGCAGAGAACGAAGCCGAUCAAGUUCACCAUAGAGAGGAAGGAUAUGAUCCGCAGGAGGAAAGUGCUCAACAUUCCCGAGUUUUACGUUGGGAGUAUUCUCGCAGUGACCAUGACCGACCCUCAUGCCACUGGAAAGAACAACCGCUUUGUGGGCAUCUGUAUUCAGAGAGGUGGUCGGGGGCUAGGAGCUACGUUUGUCCUGCGCAACAUUAUUGACAAUCAAGGCGUGGAGAUCUGCUACGAGAUGUACAGCCCUCGCGUGCAGCAGAUAGAGGUGCUGAAGCUGGAGAAGAGGCUGGACGACAACCUGAUGUACCUGAGAGACGCCCUGCCCGAGUUCUGCACCGUGGACACGGACAUGAAGCCACAGCCCUCCUCCCCCACCGGGGAGGUGCCUGUGAACAAGACCCGGGUGAGGAUGCUUCCCAAGCCGUGGUCCAAGCGCUGGGAGCGGCCCAAGUACGAUGUGAAGGGCAUCCGCUUCGACCUGUGCCUGAGCCCCGAGCAGAUGGAGAACGCCCAGAAGUGGGCGCAGCCCUGGGUGGAGUACGACAUGCUGAAGGAGUACGACACCAGCAAGCUGGAGGAGGACAUCUACACAGAGCUGCAGCAGGAGGCCGCCGCCAAGUGAACUAGAACCAGGAACCACGCCCCGUCCCGGGACACUCGGCCCAAUACCAACUACACUUCCUGGGGUUCCCAACCCUCUCAAAACAGUUUGGAUAUGGAUACUGAACAGCGUUUAUAUCAACCUUCGAUAACGCUGACUCAUGAAGAGGAAAUACCGGAGGGAGGCUGACAACCAGAGCCACAAGAGGCGAGGUCGGGAAUGGACUCUGGUAAAGCUUCACGAAACUCACCUCUGAUGGAUAUUAAAAAAAUAUGUACAUGGUUACGUCUGUAGGGUGCAGCAGUGCACUUUGAAUAACUUGCACUCUUCCACCGUCUCCAUCCAAGAGUAUCAUGGAGGAGUUAAUGUGCCAGGAGGAUCUAAAUGGGGUAUCAUGGUGAUCUAUCUGUAGUUUAUAAAUGUAAAAGCUAUUAAAACGGCAUGCCUUUUGUGUCUGUGUUAAAUGAGUUGUGUUCAAUUGCUUAGAAUGAUUCUUGGUGUUUGCCAAUGCAGUGGUUAAUGAACUGGAUGGAACAAGGCUCUGCAGGAGAUGCAAACGCUUUCAGAAGUUUUAAUGAAAGAACAGUGAUUACAUGUUAAUAAAACAUAUAAUGCUUAUGCCUUUUAGGCAAAUAGUAUGUUUUUUUUGACAAUUGUUCAAAUGUUUUUUCACUACUCUUCUGGUUAACCAAAUGUAGAAGUGGGACCUGAGGACAAACGCCGCCUCAGGCCACAAGGGGGCAUAAUUUGACCAAACUAAGAGCUUCAGUUAGUAUACUGCUGACUUCUAUUGUUGUGAACUCUCAUCUUGGGGGGAACUCCUGAGACUUCAAACAUGUCAUGGGUUUCCUAGGAAGGUGCAACAUUUCCCAGUAAUUUCAAUGAAAACAUCAAUUUAAUAUCUUCUGUGGAAUUCGGGAGCUGCUUCGCAGUGAUCUCAGCACACCCGGGAGUGUUUUAGGACUGUGGAUGGAAAAUUGUGGUGUCGGGAUGGUAUGUUACAGCAUCAACAGGGCUGUAUAAAAACACUUGGACUCCGUAUGUUAUGUCUGCUC